AUGGCUUCGAUCAACAAGACAGAGUUCAAGGUUCUUGCGCUGAACGGCAAUAACUAUCAAAUCUGGGCAGUUGAUUGCGAGUUCCAUCUGCAGGCGAUGCAGCUGACUGCCACGGUCGCUAGGCCUGCUGCCGGUGUUCCUGCUCUAGCACCCCAUGAUAAGGCAAAAGCUUGCAUCUUCUUGAGACAUUACAUCCACGAAGACCUGAAGAUGGAGUACCUGGAGGUGAAAGAUCCUCUGGUGUUGUGGACAAAGCUUCAGGAACGCUUUGGCAAGCAGAAGGAAAUCCUUCUCCCACAAGCUAGGCGUGAUUGGGCACAACUCCGCUUCCUUGACUUCAAGACAGUUGAGGCAUAUAAUACUGCAAUUCACCGUAUUGUGGCUCAGCUUCGUUUUUGUGGCCAAGUUGUCACUGAACUCGAGAUGAUUGAAAAAACUCUCGAGACUUUCCACCCAACCAACAUGGUACUCCAGCAGCAGUAUCGCAACAACAAGUACAUGAAGUACUGUGACCUCAUCAAUGUGUUGCUUGCCGCUGAGGCUCAGAAUGAACUAUUGAUGAAGAACUUCCACAUGCGCCCUGCUGGGACACAGGCACAACCUGAAGCACAUGCCAGUUUCCAUAACAGCAAUGCUAAAGGUUCUUUCAGAAACAAGGGCCAAAAGUUUCAUGGUCACCAAGGGCCAAAAGGGGGAAAGUUUAAGAAGCACACGAAUGGAGGCCAGAAGUCCAACGGCAAUGGCAAAGACCAGAAGUUCAAUGGCAAUGGUAAAGGCAAGUCCCUGAAGGGCUCAAAGGCCGAGGCAAGUGGAGGGAAACACUCAAAUGAAGGUUGUUUCCGCUGUGGAUCCCAGAAGCAUUGGUCCCGUACUUGCACUACCGAACCACACUUGAUUGAGAUAUAUCAGGAGUGGAAGAAGCGCCAAAAUCCGGAGGUGCACUUCGUCCAGGCAUCUAUCGAUGCUGUGACUGGACUACACCUCUCGGAGCCAUCAGAGCCUACAAAGAAACCUGAAUAUGCAGCUAUGGAUGUUGAUCAUAAUGCCAUCGGCAAUCUUACCGCUGAAAAGGGAGAUGCCUAUACUGGUGAUGAUGAUUUCGAUCUCGAGGAUGAGGAUCUCCUUGAUGAGUAG